AUCGCAGCCUCGCUAUUUUUAUUUUUUCCGUUUUGAUCAAAUUUCGAUGGAAACUUACGAAUCCAAUGGAUUUAGAUCAUGGUGGGAGUUCGCCGUCGUCUUCCUCCUCCGUCCCCUGCUCGCUAUCGUCUUCGUCUUCUCAAUAAUCCUCUUCAGUUGGUUUGUGGCUUGGAAGACGGUAUUGGUUCACGUGCCUUUGGUUCAGGAGAUCUUCGGACUUCGAAAGAAGGCGGUGAAGCCCAAGCCAUUGACCCGACAUCGCCUCUCCAGAUUUUAUAACUCCAACAAUUCUCUAAGACACAGCAGACUGGGGAAAGAGGAAAAUUCAGAAAAAUCGUCUUCAGAAAUCCAAACAGCAAGAUGAUAUGUUGUUACCAUACAAUUAUCCAAAGUCAUUUAUAUAGGCUUGAAAGAUGGCCGAUGUGUAUUGAUCUUUAAUCGAAUGUACGUGUUAAUGAGCAAUUAUUUAAAUGGAGCAUGGCUCUCAAUGAACUUACGAAAUGUACAAAUGGACUAUCAUAGUUUCAACGAUUGUAAAUAUCAUGUCUAACGAUGUCAAGCGGUAUGUAUUUAUUACGUUGAUUGCUUGAAAAGUCUAAUGGAGCGUGUUUGUGAUUGCACAAA